UGUUGCGGUUAAACUCAGCCACACAGUGACAGCAAGAAACUUGCAAAAGAUGAAGAGAGAAAUGGAAUCAUAGUAAUUCAAAGAGGUAUUAUUGUUGAGUUCCAACGGAGAUUUUUUUAUUUUUUUGAAUGAUGGCGGGGAUAGUGCAAGAGCAAAAUGUUGAGAAGAAAAUAGAUGAGAAACAAAAGGGUUGCAUGGCUGGUUUUUUUCAGAUCUUUGAUUGUCACCACAUUCUUGCCGGCAAACGCCUUUACACUGUUAAGCGCCUCCCUUCCACGACGUCCAGAGAAAUGACAUCGGAGCAAGAGAAGAACGUUGAGUCACCACUAGCAAUAUCUAAAAUAAUAGAGAAGCUGCCGUCACCGGAACCUUCCAUUGCGAUGGGGAGCCAGAACAAGUCACCUCGCGGCCGUCCAAUUUUCGAAUUCAACGAAGACGGCGCAAGUUCGCCAUGGAAAUUCUCCAAAGAAGCUCCAAGGCUUUCUCUAGAUAGCAGAGCCGUGGUCAAUGCAACUGGAAGCCUUAAGCCACGAGAGAUCCGUACGAAUACCGCCAUUCUACCUUCCAACCAAUGCGAAAGCAAUAGAGAAGAAGACGGAGUGGGUGGUAUCGACAAACAACGACGUUCACCUAGCGUAGUCGCAAGGCUCAUGGGACUUGAGGCGCCGUUACCGGAUUCAGAUCCCGAACCGAAUAAAAGAGCGGAGCUCCGAAGAUCCGCGUCGGAAGCAAGAGGCAGAGAUCUAUUUCAGUAUCGUUUUAUAGAUAGAAUUAAUAUCCAUUUAAAUGGGGGGAUUUCGAGCAAUGUGGUAACUAAAAAUGGUGCCGAGCUAGAUGAAGUAAUAAGAAAUGGAACUGAAGGCUCAAGCACUGUGAGACGUGAACCAGUUAAAACUCCGGUUCGAGGAACGGUUCAAACUAAACGUUUUUACAAUUCAGUUGAUUUCUUUCCAAAGACAAAGCAAACAGUUUCCAUCAAUGGAGAGAUUGAGAAAGAGCUUAAGCUCCGAGGAAUUGACGAGCCGUCGAAAGAUCUCGAGAAUCUUAAGCGAAUCCUCGAAGCUUUGCAACUUAAAGGCCUUUUACAUACUACGAAACCUCCACACCAAAGGAAUAAAAGGAGCUUUGUUUAUGAACAAUCUCCAAUUGUUGUUAUUAGACCGGAAAGAUCAUCACCAAUCAGGAGAAGCAGCAACGAUUCACCUCCUCCGGCUUACAGAUCAAAAAAUGGAGCUCGCCGGAACUCGAAACUGGAGCCGCCGCCGCCGAGUCCAAGACGUGAUCCACCGGAUACUGGAAGGAACUUACGGAACCAAAGCAGAAUAAGUGGCAUCAGGAGUCCAAGCAGAAGGCCUUUGAGGAUUGAAACGCAGAGAGGGAAUGGCAAUGUUGAACAGAGAAGAAUGUCUCCGGUUCAGUCUGCUAGAGUUAAUGUGAGAAGAACCGAACUAGAUCAGGCGAAUAGAUCAGCGGGAAACAGGAAAUCAACGGCUGAGAAAGUAUUUAUCCCAGCGGAGGAUGAAACAUCAACUGUUUCUGAAAGUAGCUCCAGCUCAUCUUCUCAAACUGAUGCUGAGAAAUCGAAGGUGGAGGAAUAUAAGGAAGGGAGAAGCUUAUUGGAAAGGUGUGAUAAGUUGCUUCACAGCAUAGCAAAGAUGAACGCAGCUCAAACUGAGUUGCAGCCGAGUCCUGUUUCAGUACUCGACGCGUCCUUUUACAAAGAUGAUUCGUCUACUUCCCCUGUGAUGAAACGAAGAAUGGAUUUCAAAGACCAAGUUGUUGAAUCAGAAGAUGAACUUUGGAGUCCCGCUAGUGCCAUGUCAACCGCUGAAUCAAAAUCAUCAGAUAAAUCAGACGAUUGUGAUUUCAACUACAUUUCCGAUAUCCUCAAAGCAUCCAAUUACUUGCCUGAUGAUACUGACAUCUUUCUGUUGCUUGAGAAGCAACAGAACCUUAAAGGGAAAGACACCUCUAAAGUGUCUAAACUCCAAAGGAAGCUUAUAUUCGACACCAUAAAUGAAAUUCUCAAUGGAAAGGGAGAAUUACCGCCAUGGAAGCUUAAAUAUCCAUGGUCAGGAGAGACAUCGCUGCAACAAAUUUGGUCCGAAUUUGAAAAGAUUCGAAGGAGGGACUCAGCAGAUGACUUGUUUGAGGUGAUUUGUGGUGUGUUAAGAAAGGACCUUGCAGGGGAUGCCACUACCGGUUGGGGAGAUUACCCCAUUGAGAUGUCUGAAGCAGUCCUCUAUAUCGAACGACAAAUAUUUAAAGACCUGAUCGUCGAAACCAUCCGAGAUCUGAUUGGUUUUUCUGGAAAAAGUAAUGAAGUCCCAACAAGUCGAAGGAAGUUGGUGUUCUGAAUCUUGAAUUUUGUUGCUUUUUAUCAUAGGUGUAGGCUUUCACGUUGUAGCUUUAUUGCGUCGUUGGUCAUCACAUAUCAUAUAUAUUAUUUUCUAGGUAAAUUACACAGUAAGUCACCCAA